UUUGCCCAUUUUUGUCUUAAAAUAUUAUUUUUGUACAAUUCCUAUUAGUUGUAUUCUAAUAAGAAAUUGAAAAUUAUAUGGAAUAAUAACAGCUGUUAAAUAUUCGUUAUGAAAACCUAAACAGUAGCGACAUCUUUUAUGUAUUUACGUAUAGAUUUUAGGAUAAAAAAGUGAUAAUGGAAGAGAAUAAAGGCCAAUAAGAAUGUUUUAUAUAUGUUUAUAUUCACAUCACUAUAGGGAUGUUUGCGACGUCGUGUCUUUGCUGGUAUACUGUCCCUCAGAAAGGUCCUUUCUGUUGACAAAAGAAAGCAGUGGGGAAUACUGGAUACCUUCCUCCAAGGCUGAGAAAAAUUGCUGGAAAAUGACCGCACAUAGAAUUAAUUUCGAGCUAUUUGGCAUGGACGCGGGCGUCCAGUGCCAACCUCUGCGUAUCUACAAGGUGUGGUUGCCGAGUCACCCACAGCAGUGUGUCUACCACGCCGUGUACAAGGUUGCGGUGAAGGCUGACAUCAAGAAGAGGGCUAAAAUGAAGGGCAUCCGGAACCGGCUGCACUGGUUCAACAGCGUAGAGCUGGAGCGCCAGCGGGCGCACAGCUCACUCCGGAGCCCUGAAGUGUCCAUCUUCGCUCAACUCGUGAUGGGAGAACAGCCCAAGGAUAACGAGCUGCAAGAAAUGGAGACGGGAAUGCUGAUUGAAAUCUGCGAAGAGAAUGUGAUAGUUGGGAACGAUUCCGGGGGCGGGGCGGUUGCGCUGGCGUCUCCGAACUGUGCCCUGCUGCUGGCUGCCAACUACGGGAGAGAAGAUCAGAUCCGGCUGUACAAGGAGUUUUUCGUCAUGGUGUUCCCUGCACUGUACAUGAGCCCGUUCGUGUUCUCUCAGUUCAUGGUGGAGCUGGGCUGGCAGAGAGCGCAGUGCCCCAGUCUGUUCAGGGCUGCAGAUGUUGCGGGUCGUGGUGGUUUGUCUUUCGUGGAGACCAUGCUGUGGGUAGCAGCCCUGGAACCCAGCACUCCGCACAGUGGCAUUCCUGCCGAGAUCCGCUGCAGAUACAUAUUCAGAUACUUCGAUAGCAACCGAGACAUGCAGCUGGAGUAUGUGGAGUUCAAAGAGUUGGUUGGGGCGGCCCGAGCUGCGAGACAACUGCCCGUGGACGCGCUGAGUGUGGCGAGGGAUGCCGAAGUCUGUCUGCGAGCUCUCGGUCUCCAACCUAAUUCGCCGCUGCCUCUGAGCGAGUUCCUACGAGGGGUCGGUGAACUUCGGCUGCGAGGCACCAGCUCCUUGCUGAGGGCUCCAAGAAGCAUCGCCGGAUACCUUAUAGACUUGCAGGGCAGAGACGUAGAGGAUGCGCAAGGAAACAGUUCACCCUCAACUUCCAAGGUGGGGCUAGCUUCAGCGCCACAGCCACCCGGUCUUCCAAAGCUCGCAAACCCUCCUCCCCGCCCUCAAAGUGGAGUCCAGAAGACGGUGGACUUCAGCGUGGCUGCGUAUACCGUACGGCUCAGGAAACGGGCCCCAGUCGAGAUGUGCGAACUUGCUAAUUUCGACGAUGACGCGGUUAGCCCGUCCACAGCCCGACUUGUGGCGACGGUCGGGGCUGGAGUGCCUUCCACGGAGCUCCUCGGACAGAAGUCUUCGCCCGCCGAGGCACUCGCUGCAGUCCACCACUUCGCUUCCAUCAUUGAGAAGCAACACGUGAGAUAUGACAACGACUUACAAGAUCCUCUCAGCAAGUCUGCGUGGAGCUGGGCCAACCCCGCCGAGGAGACGACCAUGGGCAGUAUGCUGCUGAAGUUGGCGGAGGCGGUGCGUCCAAUCUGUACCAAUGAACCCAGGCUUUUACGGCUCUCCUCGCCUGUCUACGCUAUCGGGGAUCUGCACGGCAACCUGGCCACGCUGCUGGCCCUGGAGGCGGCGCUGUGGCCGGCCGGGCCCGCGCUGGCGCCCGCGCGCCUCAUGUUCCUCGGGGACUUCGUGGACCGCGGGCCGCACGGCGCGGAACUGAUGGCGUAUCUGCUGGCUGCGAAGCUGCAGAGGCCGGCGGGCGUGUUGCUAGUCCGAGGGAACCACGAGACCAGGGACAUUCAGAAGAUGUUCACUUUUUACAAUGAAUGCGUGGCAAAAUAUGGCGACCAGGAGGGUGUAAAGAUAUGGAACGCCAUCAACAUGGUGUUCGACGCGCUUCCCUUGGCUGCAGUUGUCGAUGACAAGGUGUUCUGCUGUCACGGUGGCAUCCCACCUCCGUGGGUAUGUCCUCUCAUCACCGCCAUCGACAAAGUGCCAGUACCAUUGCCAAGGCCGGCAGAACAGAGCUCUAUCGCUUGGGAACUUCUCUGGAAUGACCCCAUCAAUCCCAGCAAGAUCACGGCGACUCUCCAACUGGAGCUGACCGCCAACGAGGGUUUCGCCGCGAACGCCAAGCGGGGGACCGGCCACGUUUUCGACCAGACCGCCCUGGACAGGUUCCUGCUCGCCAACCAGCUGUCCCACGUGCUCCGGGCCCAUCAGCUACAUCCCAACGGAUUUAUGUGUCAGCUCCGCGGCCGUCUGAUCUCCGUUUUCUCAUCAUCACACUACUGCGGUGGUAGCAACGACGCGGGCGUCGCUCUGGUGGAAGGGGGGAAACUGAGGCUCAUGAGAAUCAGCGACGAAUAGUUACCAAGGGCUCUGGGAGUUUUGGCUUGCUAUAGUAAUCUCUUAUAAACUAGUGAAUGGAAAGAUAAAAAAAUACGGACAGAAUCGUAUUUACUUUGGAUCUCUAGGAUAUUUUAAAAUAACGCCACAUUUGAGAAAUUAUCAGUAGCAGGCUGAUGCGGUACUCAAGGAGUUUUGAACGCUUAACAAAUUAAACCACUAUACGGGCCAUCACUCUCUUGUUUAUUGUAUCAGCCUCUUUGAGAUAAUCUAUACUAUAUACUAUAAUAUUAUAAAGCUGAAGAGUUUGUUUGUUUGAACGCGCUAAUUUCAGGAACUACUAGUUCAAAUUGAAAAAUUAUUUUUGUGUUGGAUAGACCAUUUAUCGAGGAAGGCUUUAGGCUAUAUAACAUCACGCUGCUACUAUUAGGAGCGAAGAAAUAAUGGAAAAUGUGAAAAAAGCGGGGAAAAUUAUUAAUCCUUGAGGGCUUUAAUGAUGCCCAAAAUAAAUAUUCCACACGGACGAAGUCGCGGGCACAGCUAGUAACCUAUAGUUUAGCUCUUUAAAUAAUUGGCCAACAAUUACUCUGUGUGGUACGUGCGCGAUAAAACUAUCGUUGUCCCUUUUCACAUCAUAGUAAAAAGCGGUAAAAUCGACGUCGCGCGCGCCGUUCUUGUCCCACUGGUCAAGAAUUGAUAUUAAACGCUCGUUUUCAGGGUCGCAGAAUGUUUACAGGGUAAAUACAUAAUCUCUUAAGUGGCUACUAGACUGUUUAAUAUAGUUUGAUAUCUGUGAGCAAGAUGGAACGAUAACUUAACAUACACUUAUUAAUACGAAAAUUCUGUUAAAAAUAUAGACCAUAAAAUGUAUGCAUUAGACAUCUGAUAACAAAAAAAUUAAGCUAUAAAUAUUUGAGACGUACAAAUAUAAUGUUUUUAGCCACUAUAGCAAGCUAAACU